AUGAAGUCGUACGACCAGAUGAAGAGCGCCGAGGCCAAUGAGGCCGCGUGGGAGGCCACCCGGGGCGCCGUCGUCGGCGCCGCUAGAUGGGGUGCCGGGGCCGCCGUCCUGGGAGCCUUUGCGUGGAAGUUCUCACCACUGUACAAGGGCCUCACCAUCCAGUUCAAGAUGUACAUGCAAAUGUCCGCCAUGGUGCUGGGAAGCAUGCUUGAGGCGGACAGCAGACUGCGGGAGUACGAGGCCAAGGUCAGGAUACAGAAGCGCAUCCUGAGGGACAGGGCCAAGUGGGAGAGGUUUGAGCAGGAGUUUCUCGAAAACCCGACGAAUGAGGAGAAGAAAUGA